CGGAGCAACAGGCGGAAAAUAAGUGCGGUUCAACUUUGCAUCAUCACCCGAGAGUAAAGCGAAACUAAGCGAUAAAUGGAGAAAUCUGUAAUCCGGCUGCAACGCAUGUCCAAUGAAUAUCAGUCGCAAUCGAGCUAUAUGUAUCUGCGAAACAAGAUGCUGUUAAAAAUUGAAAAUACCCUACUUCGAAGCCAUCGUCAGCGUGAGACCACCGGUAUCAAGAAACUAUAUAAUUCGUUUUUUGUGCUGUUUUAAUUGAUCAAAGAUCGCGUUGUCCCCCGCCCGAAGAACGCACAACAAAAUUUUUUUUAUAUAUUCAAAAGAAAAACCA